AUGGAACAAGAACUAGAAAAAGAGUUUGCCGAAUUAGAAAAAAUUACUGGAAAAACCAAAGAAUACCAUUUUGAGGAGGCGUUGAUUAAUUACAUACAAGAUAUAGAGGAAAUUGAAGAGACUGAAAAACAUAUUAAAAAAAAUAAAAUGCCUUCUAACUAUCACAUUAUACAAGCAUUAAUUAUGUAUAUACAGGAUGACUUGAUGAAUAAAGCGAAAAAAUGGGAAGUAAUUUGGAAAAAGGAGGCGGAGGAGGAUUGA